ACUACCACCAAUGGCAGCCAAGCUUUCACUUUCGUUCAUCAUUCUGUGUGUUGUUGGUGCCGUCAUGUGUGGCGGCGUUGGCAUUUGUGACGGCGCUCGUUCACCGCCACCUUCCGUGGACUGUUCGAACUUGGUGCUAACAAUGGCGGAUUGUUUGUCAUUCGUCACGAAUGGGAGUACCGCAACGAAGCCAGAAGGAACAUGCUGCUCUGGAUUGAAGACUGUACUCAAAACUGCACCAGACUGUCUCUGUGAGGCUCUCAAAAGUAGCGUUCAGUUUGGUGUCGUCUUGAAUGUCACCAAGGCCUUAGCUCUUCCUUCUGCUUGCGGUCUCUCUGAUUCUUCUGCCACUGACUACUGUGGAUUGAGUGGAGCGCCUGCUGCUUCUCCUGGAGGUGGAAGGAUUUCUCCAGUUAGUUCUCCAAGUCCAGCGUCUGGUAGUGAAGCAACAGCACCAAGUUGGAAUAAUAAUGGUCCAAUAAAUGAGGUAUCUCCAAGAUUAGCACCAUCAUCACCAUCUCAAGGGAAGAGCUCAGCAUCAACUAUUUUACCUUCAUCACUCUUUCUUCCCUUAUUAUUGCUACCUCUCUUCUCUCUGUUUUGAAUCAUUCAUUGUUUCAUUUUUUAGAUUUAGUCUAAUUAGUUAGUUAGUUAGUUAGGUACUUUAAGAGGGACUAUAUGAUGUACAUGUUUUCUGGUUGAUUUAUGAGUUUUUACUUUACCAUUAUAUUGGAUCUCAUCUAUGCUUGUCUAUUUUUUUUUGAAAAUAAUGUUUUUGCCAUGUGUGGGCCUCUGGGUUAAUU